AUGGCCGAAGCUAAAGCCCUUAUGAACAAGAAGGAUGAAAUUGAAAAGCAACUACGAGAUUUAAAUGAGUCUUUGGAAUCAACAGGUGCCGGUAUGAGCGAACCACUUAUUGAUAAUGCCGGAUUUCCUCUAGCAGAACUCGAUAUUCACGCUAUUCGCAUAAACAGAAAUGCUGCUAUUCGUUUACGCAACGAUCAUCGAGCCGUCAUGAGUGAUGUGGAAAAGGUUUUGCACAAAAUUCACGAAGCAAAUAGACGGAAAAGAGAGAAUGAUUCACAACAAAACGCUUCCUUAUCCACUGAAAAGAAUGAACUACAAAACAGCAAGAAUACUGCCACCGUUGAUUUAUUGAACCAACAACAACAAGCAAUUACAACGCCUCCUUUUGCUAUUGUAAAUGCUGUGGCACCUGACUCACCCGCUUAUGAGGCUGGACUGCGUAGAAAUGAUAAAAUCGUCCAAUUCGGUCAUGUGAACGCCAAUAAUCAUGACCAGCUUCGAGCUUUGAAUACUUUAGUGAGUACAAGUGAAAACCGACAAAUACCAAUUACUAUUAUGAGAGAUUCCUCUAGCACGGUUCGGCUAAUAGUGACACCUAGAUCUGGUUGGGGUGGCAGAGGCACCUUAGGCUGUCAUAUUCUGCCUUUGUAA